GGAUCAAAAAUCCCUCCAUUUGAAGUGAAAUUCUCGCAACGAAAAGAAGCAUCAAUUUCGUGGGGAACAAUUUUACGGUCGCCGCAUCAAAUUGUUUUAGUUCGGAUUUCCUGUUGUUUAAGUUGGUGUCCUCCACCUUCUGGCCAACCGCUUGGACAAACAAAAUGUGGAUUUAAAAGCGUUUUCCGGCAGAAUUCCUCCGCUUCUGCGCUUGAUUCGAAAAAAGGAUCGUCAGCUGGAAUCGGUAAGAAAAGUGGCGUACAAGCAGGAGCGAGACAGGAACGUAUCGGACGGUUCCAAGUGCCAGAGCGAGACGCAAGACGGCCAAAAAAACCAACGGAAGAAGGCGCAAAUAAAACAAAAGUUGAAAUCCUGUGACAAAUUCUGUUGCAGAAAUCGGAGAAGGCCUCGGAAAACAAUAGCGCUUGAGAUAACAAUCGAAAUUUUGCAUAAGGCAAAAACAAUCAGUUCGGCAGGAGAAUGGCGACUUUUCGGAUUCACGAGGAUUUGGAGAAGGAGAAUCGUAUUCUAGCGGCCAAGAGUGCGGCCGGGGGCAUUGCGGGGAACAAACAGCAGCAGCUCCAGCAACGGUCAACGUUUGGCGUUUUGAAUAAUCUGACCAGCAAUGGACGGACAGAAGUGCCCUUGGCUGGGGAAAAGGCGGUCCUGAAAGAUCCCAAAUUGAAAAUUAAACCAACAGUGAUCGCCAAACCGAAAGCGGAUGAAAAUAGCGCCUCAACUGUCGUUCAAGCAAAGGCCGCAUCAAAACCAACCAACUUUCAAGUAUACGAUGACUCCAAGGAGAAUGAGACGACUGUUGCGAAAAAGGAUGACUCUGUCCACGAGGCCAAAAGAGCACCACUUCAAGAGCUUAAAAAUGCCGAACUUCUCGAAACGCCCAUGUCAGUGGGCGACAGUUUUUCGCCCAUGUCGGUGGACAAAUCGGUCAUCCAGGUGGAGGACACCUCCCUCGUUCCCCGCAAUGAUCGCGAACGCUUCUUCGAGGUGGAAGAGUACCAGGUGGACAUCCUGGAGUACCUCAAAGAGGCGGAAAAACGCCACCGUCCGAAGCCAGCCUACAUGAAGAAACAACCGGAUAUCAACCAUUCCAUGCGGACCAUUUUGGUGGAUUGGCUCGUGGAAGUUUGCGAAGAGUACCGCUUGCAGAGCGAAACCCUGUGCCUGGCCAUUUCCUACAUCGACCGAUUCCUCAGCUUCAUGUCGGUGGUCCGCGCAAAGCUGCAACUGGUUGGGACAGCUGCCAUGUUCAUUGCCGCGAAAUACGAGGAAAUCUACCCGCCCGACGUUGGUGAGUUUGUGUACAUCACGGAUGAUACUUACACCAAGACGCAAGUGCUACGCAUGGAGCAGCUCAUUCUGAAGGUGCUCGGAUUCGAUCUGUCUGUACCAACCACGUUGGUAUUCACCACCGUAUACUGCGUAAUGAACGACGUGCCGGAUAAGGUGAAACAUAUGUGCAUGUACCUCUGCGAACUCUCCCUGCUUGACGCUGACCCAUUCCUGACGUACUUGCCAUCGAAAAUUUCGGCCGGUGCUCUAGCUCUCUCGCGCUACACCCUCGAUCUGCCCAUCUGGUCCCGAAUGUUGGAAACGAACACCGGCUACCGAUUGGAAGACCUCAAGGACAUCAUUCUGGACCUGAACAAAGUGCAUCAGAAGACAGAAUCGUUGGCACAACAAGCGAUCCAAGAGAAGUUCAAGGGAAAUAAAUACAUGCAAGUGGCCACCAUUCCGGCCACCGAGCUGUCCGAGGAAACCUUCGACAAGAUGUGCAAAUCGUUCGCCGCGAUAACAUCCGCUGCGGCCGAAGCGGAACUCAGCACAGUGCCCGACUCCGCUCUAAAUCACAACGAUUCGAUGCGGGAAAUGAUGUCCUCGUUGUUGUUUGUGUAGAGAUGCGGACUGAAACAAAUCCCUCAAUCAUCAAUUGACCGAUUCCCCUUCCUUGCCGUUUGUUCCCCCCCACGUACACGCCCCUUCACGUUUCUAUUUGUGUUUUUUUAUGUGAAUAAGUUUUUACUGUCGGGUUAUUUUUUAGAUUCCUUUUUUUAAAGUUUGUUCUCAAUCGCGCUUUACGCAACCGUAGCAAAUGCAGAACAGUUUGACGAAAUAAUACUUUAUUAUAAAAAGAAACCACUCGCAUCGAUGCGCUAUCUGGAACAGCACAAAAGUGUGUGCAUUGGGCUGAGCAACGAAAAUGAUGAUUGUAUUUAGCUACUAGCAUGUAUAGGCAUACAACGAUGGAUAUGAUAACUUUUAUUUUGUAGCUCUUGGAAGGUUUAACGCUACUUGUUUAAGAUGAUUAUUCGAAAGUAGGCUUACAAAAUUUGUAUUGAAGGAAUGCGAUUUCUCGAAACAGCACAAUUACACGGAUACGUAGUAGGGCCACGAUGGAAACGUAAUGUACCAGUCAAGAAUCUUCAUUCCUUAAUCUUGUGUAAUUUAAAAAUUAAUAAAUUAGUCCAAAUAUAACUAUUCAAAUAAAAUUUUACGUGUUGUAUGACGGACAAGGAAGCACUGAUUUUUGUUACAGACCUACUUAAUAAACCCUGCACCAAACAAAACAGUCAAAAGUGACACCCCUGGACGGCAUUUUCAACCGAAACCAGAGUAAAAUUCAGCAUGAUUUACAAACGAAAGUUCAAAAAAUGAUGACCUAACAAUACUAACAUAAAAUUACGCUUAGAAUGGAUAGACGUGAUUAGGAUUAGCUAGAAAUGGAAAGCAGCGAAUAGUAAAUUAAGACAUUUUUUAAGGAACAUAGAUAAGUUCUAAUUUUAAGGUAUUUUAUUCAUGAAUACUUUUUUACCAGAAUAAAGUAACAGAACAACAAGA